AUGAGUUUCGUGCAAGUUUUUUUUUUUCUAAACGCAAAUAUUACUGAUAAUUCAAAAGAUGGAUUUGAAUAUGAAAGUUUAGUUUCAGUUAGUUUAAGUGAUUCUGUUGAUAAAUCUGAAUCGUGUUCUCAUUUGUCAAAGCGCAUGCGAAGUAAUAGUCCUGAUGAUUUGGUUAGUACUGAGUAUUUGGAGUGUAGAACUCAUAAUUUUAAAAAUAACAAAGUAAGUGAUUUUCAUGGUGAAGAGUCCAGUGAAUUAUCGAAGAAGAAGGUUAUGCAUAGAAAGGAUAAGGAAUGUGCAGAUUGUUUUUUAUGUAGUAGUUUGAGGUCUUAUAGUUUGAAUAUAGAUACUGCCAAGGAGAAUAAGUGA